AUGCCUUCUUUCAUACAGAACUGGCCGUUACACGCCGCUCUGCUGCUGACUUUUAACUGUUCGCUCACGUGGUUGAACCUAGUCUCAAAAGAAGUGCCAGAACCAUACCUCGAUGAGUUUUUCCAUGUGCCUCAGGCUCAAAAGUAUUGCGAUGGAGACUAUACAUGGGAUCCGAAGAUCACUACUCCCCCAGGCCUUAUCCUUCGGACACUUCGCACGCCUCGUUCUCAAAACGCGCCGUUGAACGUCAAAGACGGCGACAAGGACCCAGAUCUCAAUGAUUCGACUCUGAUAUUGGACGCCAACACAGCACUAAACAUUGCACUCUUUCCUCCCUUGUUCUUCUUUUCUGCGUUAUUCUAUACCGAUGUCAUGUCAACCCUGGUGGUUUUGCUUAGCUUUCACAUGUUCUUGAAGAGGAGCACAUUCGGGAACUUGUUGCAAAGCAUUGGCACGAUAUUCAUUGGUGUGGUAGCACUUUUCUUUCGUCAAACGAAUAUCUUCUGGGUGGCUGUGUUUCCCGCUGGUCUCGCCGUCAUUGAUGCUCUCAAAGCGAGGGCACCUUCUUCCACGAGUAAAAAGCCCCACAUCGUUGGUGACAUCCUUCGCGAGAGCUGGAAUAAUGGUCUAGUCCAUGACUGCGCACUAAAACAUGCUAGCUUACAAGAUUAUGGUCUGUUGGUCGUCACUGUUGCAAUUGCAGCAAUGAGAAGUCCAGCUUUGGUAUUGCAGGUUGCCUCACCCUACCUUGUCCUUCUUGUUUUGUUCGCAAGUUUUGUUAUCUGGAACGGAAGUGUCGUUCUCGGUGACAAGUCAGCACACACUGCUACCAUUCAUCUUCCACAGAUGCUUUAUAUCUGGCCGUACAUCGCAUUCUUCUCGGCACCACUUGUAGUUGGACCGAUGGCCCGACCCGCUGUCAUGCUUCUGCCAAAGCAGUUCCAGGCUCUCUUCGAAAGAUAUCAUAUCACGCCAACGACCUCAAAGUUCCCGGAAAUAUUGUCCGUAGGUCUGUUCAUCCUAGGCGCUUUCCUGGCCGUUCACUUCAACACCAUAAUCCAUCCGUACACUCUGGCCGACAAUCGACAUUACGUAUUUUACGUCUUCCGGAUAUUGCGACGACACCCAGCAAUCAGAUACUUGGCUGUCCCUGCCUACUAUGCGUGUGCAUGGCUAGUGACCAAUGCCGUCGGAGCUUCGCCCAAUGAUGAGCAGCCACUAAAGCAGAAGCGCGAGAACGGUCACCCAACCAACAUCAAGACCGGACGUACGCCUUGCCAGAUCAGCUUCUUCACUAUUUGGUUGGCCGCUACAGCACUCUCCGUGGUUACGGCGCCUCUGGUCGAGCCUCGCUAUUUCAUCAUCCCGUGGAUCAUCUGGCGUCUACAUGUUCCGUCUGCCUCUGCUUCACUUCCGUCCCAAGAGCGAUGUAUCCGAAGCUGGUACGACCUCCGACUCGGGUUGGAAACACUGUGGCUAUUGGUCGUUGACGUCGCCGUGACAUACAUUUUCCUAUAUCGAGGGUUUGAGUGGCCAAGCGAGCCCGGCAAGCUACAACGGUUCCUGUGGUAG